AUGAAAAAGUUUACGAUUAAAAAUAGCUUACUAGUGCUUUUAGUUUCUUUCCAUAGAUUCGUAAUUGCUGAUAAUACAAUCACAGUCACCAAAACUAUAACGAUUUCUAACCCCCAAGAAACAAUUAUUCAUCAUCCAAAAUUAAGUUCCAGUGAGCCAAGUGCUUCUAGUAUUGCUCCAUCUGUUGGCUUGCCAACCUCCACUUAUUGGGAGACCAAGGACGAGCAGAAAAUGACUACUAUCACUAAUAUUAUGGAAUCUACUGUUGAAAUCACGACCAGUUGUGAACCAAGUUCCAGUAUCACGACCAGUUGCGAAACAAGCUCCAGUAUCACAUCUAAUUUUGAACCAAUAUUACCGCCUAUUUCUAGCACCACUGUUCCCGAAAAUGAGCCUUUGCCAACUACCUGGGAUAAAAUAACGGAGAAGGUUAACCCCUCAUCCGCUAGUACCUUUGCUGAGUCAAAAACGUCGACCACUACAGUCCCAGUUUUUUCUUUCUCGGAUUUAGAAACAACUACAAAGUUAAGUUGGGAAGAAACUGGUUCCGAAGGUUCAACUCUAUCCGAGACUGAAACAAAAUAUUACGGCAACAUUACUACAAGCUUUGAGCCUAUCAAAACCUCAUUAGAAACUAAUAACCCAAUUAGUUUUGGUAAUAAAAGCACUUACGUUACCAGUACAAGUGACAAGUGGAAAAGUAUUGGGGAGGAAAACUUUUAUUCUUAUAAUGGUACUCAAACAAUAAUUGCCUCAAGCGAACUUGAAGGUGGUGCUGAGAAUAAUAAAGUUGGUGAAAUGUUUGGGGAAAUUAGUUUUGGAGCACUUUUUGGUUUUAUUUUUGCUCUGUUAGUUUGA